AUGAAUAACGAGAACGAGAACAAAAGAGAGGACUCAGAGUACGAGGAAGAGAUUAACAAACUCUCCAUCGGUGAUAUCGACGCGAUUUUCUCCUCCGCGGCGGCGAAAGAAAACUCCGAGGACAUCGAGGACGUCCUCAAGAGAGAGUUGCGCUUGAGAGCGAAAAUAGACGAAGCGGAGAAAAAACUCGAAGAAGGUCGAGAAAAAUUAAACGAGAUGGCAACGAAGAAGAAAGAAGAGCUCGAUCGGGAGAUGAAUUUGAUGCAAGAUAAGAACUCGCUGGAGUUUGGAUUAAUCGCGAGCGAUUUAGACGCGGAGUUGAAGAAAAUGGCCGAGGAGAGCGAGAUCGCGAAGAAGAGAAACGAAGCGCUGAAGGAAGAGUUGAGACAGAUGGCGGAGGAGUUGGCGAGAGGGACGAGCCGAGCGUCGAGGAGAGAGAAAGGGGUGAACGCCAUCGACGUGGAUAGGAAGAAAGAGAAACAGGUGAAUCCGUUGACGAGGAAGUUAGCGGACGAGGAAGCGAUGAACACGGACGAGAAGAUGAAGAAGACGUUGGCGGAGACGCAACGAGGCGCGACGUUUUUUUUGCUAAAGCUGUUGUUAGGGAUCGUCGUGAUUUUUGAACUGGCGAGAGGUGAGUUUGCGGUCAGUUCUGCGCUGGCUGCCGCGCUCGCGCUGGUCUUUUACCAGAGCGAAGCGGAGAAGGCGAACGAAGGGCCCUCGGAAUAA